UUGGCUUUCAACCAUCACUGCCACUGUCUGCGACGACGAGCUCUUGCCUGACGAACGCCGAACUCUUACCAUUUGUGGGGAGAAUAAGGCUAUACUGCACGCUUUGCUCGUGGAUACCACUUUUGUCUCAUUUUUCUUUCCUUUUAUUACCUUUUUAGCGGCAUAGCUCUGCUCAUCAUCGGUCAAAAGGGCUCCCAAAUUCCCCGCAUCUUCCUCAAAAUCUCUUGGAAUCACCGUGUCGCAUCUUAAUUCGCCUUCCCCGACUAUUUUAUCGUCUUUUUCCGCCUUUUUAAUCACUCUGCGGCCUCCGACGCCAUCAUGCUUGGUCACCAGUUCGCGUUUUCUUCUGCGCCCAUCCGCAAGGUGAAGGAGGUUCAGUUUGGUAUCCUAUCGCCAGAGGAGAUUAAAGCCUACUCUGUCGUCAAAAUAGAACACCCCGAUAUCAUCGACGAAGUCACCCACAAACCCAAAAUUGGUGGAUUGGUGGACCCGCGUAUGGGUACAGUGGACCGCAAUUUCAAGUGUCAGACGUGUGGUGAGGGGAUGUCGGAGUGCCCGGGGCAUUUUGGGCAUAUUGAAUUGGCGAGGCCUGUCUUUCAUCCUGUGGCCCCUUUUCCUCUACUCGUUUCGCACCCCACCACCCAAUUUUCUGGGGGCUCUCGCCUUACCAUGGUGAACCCCAAACCCGCACUUCGUGAGCGUCUUGACAAUCGAGACCUUCACCUACCCGUGUUGCGGAGAGCGCGCGUUUUCGAUCGCUUGAUUGCCGCGUUCUUUAUUGCAUGCAACCGGUGUUGGUGCGAAGAACGCGUGGUUGCGUUGCCUGCACUUGUGACUCGAUACACUGCCCCCUUGUUAUAUACUUUCCAGACAACCCUUUUAUCCGAUUCUGACCCAGCGUUCGCCGACAAGAUUCGACACAUUCGGGACCCCAAGAAACGCAUGGCAGUAGUCUGGGCACACUGUAAAACGAAGAUGACUUGCGAACCCGAUGACCCCAAGGAUGAAGGAGCAGAUAUGGAGAAUGAAGAGCCUAAAAAGGGUCAUGGUGGAUGCGGUCACGUUCAACCGUUGGUCAGAAAGGAAGGACUUAAACUCUUUGUCCAAUAUAAGAAGCCUAAGGACGAUGACGACGAAAUCAAGUCCAUCCAGCCCGAUAAGCGGGUAUUCUCUCCUUCUGACGUCUACACGACGUUCAAGAAGAUGUCCGAUUCAGAUCUGCAUCUUAUUGGCUUAUCGGAUGAAUAUGCUAGACCGGAAUGGAUGAUCCUCACCGUUCUUCCAGUUCCGCCACCACCCGUGCGACCAAGUAUCAGUGUCGAUGGUGGUACAAUUCGUAGCGAAGAUGACUUAACCUACAAACUUGGUGAAAUCAUCAAAGCUUCUGCGAAUGUACGACGAUGUGAACAGGAGGGUGCCCCGGCUCAUGUCACGACUGAGUUUGAGCAACUGCUCCAGUAUCAUGUCGCAACUUAUAUGGACAAUGACAUCGCUGGUGUCCCUCAAAGUUUGCAGAAGUCAGGUCGUCCAGUGAAGGCCAUACGUGCCCGACUAAAGGGAAAAGAAGGGCGGCUUCGUGGCAAUCUGAUGGGUAAACGUGUUGAUUUUUCCGCACGUACUGUUAUCACCGGCGAUCCGAAUCUCGAGCUUGAUGAAGUUGGGGUUCCCAAGACCAUCGCAAUGAACCUGACUUUCCCUGAACGGGUAACCCCCUACAACAUUGCUUACCUGCAGGAACUGGUUCGUAAUGGGCCGCGGAAUUACCCUGGGGCGAGAUACGUGGUCCGAGAUACCGGUGAACGUAUAGAUCUGCGGUACAACAAGCGAGCGGAUGGUUUCCUGCAAUAUGGUUGGGUCGUCGAAAGGCAUCUCAAGGAUGGAGAUUAUGUGCUGUUCAACCGUCAGCCUAGUCUUCACAAAAUGAGUAUGAUGAGUCACAGGGUAAGAUUAAUGCCUUAUUCCACGUUCCGUCUGAACCUAUCUGUCACCCCUCCCUACAACGCAGAUUUCGAUGGCGAUGAAAUGAAUAUGCACAUUCCUCAAAGUGAGGAGACGCGAGCGGAGUUGAGUCAGAUUGCGUCCGUUAUCCGACAGAUCAUCUCCCCCCAAGCCAAUAAGCCCGUCAUGGGUAUCGUCCAGGACACUCUUUGUGGUAUCCGGAAGUUUACUCUUCGUGAUACUUUCUUGGAUUGGAACCAGGUUCAAAAUAUCCUCCUCUGGGUUCCCGACUGGGAUGGUACUGUUCCCACACCAGCCAUCAUCAAACCUAAACCCCUCUGGACCGGAAAACAGAUUCUCAGUAUGACGAUCCCUCGCGGUAUCAAUAUUCACAGAUCACCAGAUCUGAAGUCUUCCAACCCCGUGUUCGAUGACGGUAUGUUGAUUGAAAACGGGGAGAUCAUUUUUGGCGUUGUCGAGAAGAAGACUGUUGGUGCCUCCCAGGGUGGUCUGGUCCACGUCGUCUUUCGUGAAAAGGGUCCUGAAGCGACUCGUCAGCUAUUUACUGGGCUCCAAAUGGUUGUCAACUUUUGGCUCUUCCAUAACGGGUUCAGUAUUGGUAUUGGUGAUACCAUAGCCGAUAUGAAGACAAUGUCGUACAUCACGCAGACCAUUGCUGACCGCAAAGCUCGCGUAACAGAGAUCAUCGAGGACGCCACCCACGAUCGCCUGAAGCCGUCUCCCGGUAUGACUAUCCGAGAGUCAUUCGAGAGUAUGGUGGAGCGAGAGCUCAAUCUCGCCCGUGACACAUCUGGUCAAUAUGCCCAGAAGAACUUGAAGGAAGACAACAAUGUCAAACAGAUGGUGGUUGCCGGAUCGAAGGGUUCGUUCAUCAACAUCUCGCAGAUGUCUGUUUGUGUCGGACAACAGAGUGUGGAAGGUCGUCGUAUCCCCUUCGGAUUCCGCCAUCGCACGUUGCCUCAUUUCACCAAGGAUGACUUCAGCCCCGAGGCACGAGGCUUUGUGGAGAACUCAUAUCUGCGCGGGCUGACGCCUCAAGAGUUCUUCUUUCACGCCAUGGCUGGUCGAGAGGGUUUAAUUGAUACCGCCGUGAAGACCGCCGAGACUGGUUAUAUUCAGCGACGGUUAGUCAAGGCGCUCGAAGACGUUCAGGUCUGCUACGAUGGAACUGUUCGGAACUCCCUCGGAGAUUUGAUUCAAUUCGUUUAUGGUGAGGAUGGAAUGGAUGGUGCAUUCAUUGAGAAGCAGAGCAUCGAUACGUUUGGUCUCAAUACCCGGGAGUUUGAGCACAACUAUCGUGUGGAUGUCACAGAUCCAACAGGUGGCUUUUUGCCUGGGGUCCUGCAGGUCGGAUUGGACGACAGUUCUCUAGAACUGCAAGCGAAAUUGGAUGAGGAAUACCGGCAACUUGUAGAUGACCGACGUAUGCUUCGACAGUUCAUUUUCCCACGCCUGGAUCCGUCGGUACCCCAGUACCUUCCUGUCAACCUCCAACGAAUUGUCCAAAACGCCAGUCAGAUCUUCCAUAUCGAUCGUCGGAAACCUAGCGACCUGGAACCCGCUUAUAUCAUAGACUCCGUCAAGGAGCUCAUACGCCGGCUUGUCGUUGUGCGCGGGGAUGAUGAGCUAAGUGUAGAAGCGCAAAAUAAUGCUUUGAUGCGCUUCAGCAUGCACCUUCGGGCUACUUUCGCCUCUCGGCGAGUGCUCGAGAAGUUCCAUCUGAACCGCGAAGCAUUCGAGUGGGCUUUGGGAGAGGUGGAGGCCAAAUUCAAUCUGUCUGUGGCCAACCCUGGUGAAAUGUGUGGUACCCUUGCUGCACAGUCCAUUGGAGAGCCGGCUACGCAGAUGACGUUGAACACGUUCCACUACGCUGGUGUCUCCAGUAAGAACGUCACGCUUGGUGUACCCCGUCUGAAGGAAAUCAUCAACGUUGCGACCAACAUUAAAACGCCAUCACUUACCGUAUUCCUGGAGCCUUCCAUCGCCGCUGAUCAGAAGGAAACGAAGAAAGUCCAGCAAGAACUUAGCUAUACCUCUCUGAGGACGAUUACAGCGGCCGUCGAGAUUUGGUACGAUCCAGAUCCUAGUUCCACCAUCAUCGAGGAAGAUUCAGUUUUCGUCGAAUCUUUCUUUGCCAUUCCCGAUGAAGAAGUUGAAUCGAAGCUGCAUACUCAGUCACCCUGGCUGCUUCGGUUGGAACUCGAUCGUGCUAAAAUGAUCGAUCGCAACCUGAAUAUGUCCUACGUCGCCGGACGCAUAAAGGAAAGCUUCAAAACGGACCUCUUCGUGAUAUGGAGUGAAGAUAACUCCGAGAAGCUCAUCAUUCGUUGUCGUGUGAUUGGUGAUGCGGAUAAGGAUGAGGAUGGGAUGUCUGGGAUCGAAGAGGAUAUAUUCCUUCGGCAACUGGAGAACACAAUGCUGAACUCUGUGAGCUUGCGGGGUGUCAAGGGCAUCAACCGAGUCUUCCUUUCGCGGCAUGAUGCAGUUGAAGAAACGGAUGAUGGUAGUCUGGUCGUCCAGAAAGACAAGGAGUGGAUUUUGGAGACGGAUGGUGUCAACCUGAAGACUGUCAUGUGCAUCGACGGUGUCGACUUCACGCGGACAUAUUCGAACAGCUGCGUCGAGAUCUUCAAUGUUCUUGGCAUAGAGGCGGCUCGUGCAGCGAUCCUGAAAGAAAUGCGUGGUGUCAUCGAGUUCGACGGUUCCUACGUCAACUACCGCCAUCUCGCCCUUCUUUGUGACUUGAUGACUCAUCGGGGUUCGCUUAUGGCCAUUACUCGUCAUGGUAUCAAUCGCGCGGAUACUGGUGCUUUGAUGAGGUGUUCGUUCGAAGAAACCGUUGAAAUUUUGAUGGAGGCUGCAGCUGUUGGUGAGAAGGAUGAUUGCCACGGAAUUGCAGAGAAUGUCAUGUUCGGCCAGAUGGCACCGAUGGGUACUGGCUCGUUCGAUGUCGCGCUGGACAUCGAUAUGCUGAAGGAUGCUAUCGUUGAUCAUCGUCUACCUGUACAGUCUAUGCUGGCGGCGCAUGUGGAUGGUGGAAUGACGCCUGGACAAGUCGCUAUGACACCGUAUGAUUCGAACUCACCCAUGUGGCAAGAUGGCGUGUUCAAGGCUGACCAAGCUGCGUUCUCACCUUUGGCUGUCAAUGGUGGUGGGGAGGAUGCCGCCAGUUUCCAGUGGUUGGCGUUUGGUCAAAGUCCUGUUGGCGCAGGCGGCAUGUCGCCCGCCGGUGGUUAUAGUCCCAGUUCACCUGGCUAUUCGCCUACGUCUCCUGGAUUUGUUCCCCAGUCACCUUUUGGAGCGUCGACGUCACCUUUCUCGCCAUAUGCACCCUCGCCCUUCAAUCCACGUGGUCCUACGUCGCCGACGUAUUCGCCUACUUCGCCUGGAUUUGCGACAUCACCUGGAUAUUCGCCAACGAGUCCUCGUUACUCGCCGACCUCCCCUUCGUUUUCACCAACCUCCCCACGGUAUAGUCCGACAUCACCUUCAUUCAGUCCGACAUCUCCGCGAUACUCGCCGACCAGCCCUUCGUUCAGUCCGGCGUCGCCACGCUACUCGCCAAGUAAGUUAUCUGUUUUGAACGCAGACUCUGCGGUACUGAUUCUGUCUUGCCUUCCUUUUUACUUACAGCUUCUCCCGCGCAACUGUCCCCGUCGUCGCCGAAGUAUUCGCCGACAUCUCCUAUGGCUUCGCCAUCCUCACCAAAAUACUCACCAACAUCACCUACUUAUUCCCCCGCCUCCCCUGCAUACUCACCCGCGUCACCUGCUUACAGUCCAACGUCACCUUCAUGGUCACCUUCGUCACCGGCGCACAAUAUUCAGAAUGGUGUUGGUCGCAGUCAUUCGUAUCAGGCGUCGCCUUCCUGGGAUUGAUCUCUGCUUGUGUUAUGUCGUGUCUUAUUUCUCGGGCCGGAGAAGGCCCCAGUCGCAUUUAUCUAGCGUUUCGAACUCUAUACAUCAUGUAGAAUAUUGACAAUCAUUAUUGAGUUAGAUAUAUUUAUCUAAGAUACUCC